UAAUCUUUUCAUUCGCCUCAGUCAGAUUCGUACUGUCGCUGUGUUUAAAAGAAUUUCUAUUUUUACUGCUGGUUAUAAAAUAAAUAAUAUAAAUAUGGAGCCUAUUGUUAUUGAUAAACUCCUGAUGGCAUUAAGUGUUUUGUUCACUACUCCAGGAAAUUAUAUACAGUUGAAUUCGAGAGAUGUUAACGUGUCGUCAUUAAUGCGUAUUGGUGGAGAUAAUAAUGCAUGGCAAAACUGCAACGUUACAGAAAUGAAGAAUCUGCGUCACGAAGUUAAUGAAGCCCUAAACAAUCAAAUGAAAACAAAAAAAAGACUGGAAAGCAUUGCUACCGAUCUACAAGCUGUAAAAACAAGUUUAAGCACCCCCAAUCCGGUCGAUUGUUCUAAAGUCGGAGAAUUCCUUGUAAACUUACCGCAAUCACACAGUUUUUUAUCAGUGUUGUGUGUAAACAACGAAUAUGGUAACAAUUGGAUAUUAAUCGCUCAUCACAAAGUCACUAACGCUCUUGUUCGUUAUAAAAUAACAAAUGAUGCACAACAAAAUGGUAUGGGCGAAACUCAUGGCGAAUAUUUUAUUGGCUUUGAAAAAUUGCGUGCCAUUACCGAUAACCAACUGUAUGAAUUGCUUAUAGUGGAGACCGAUAAAAAUAAUAAGCAAUGGUAUGAUCAUUACCAAACUGUGGCAUUUGAUGCCAAUAACAAGGUGAAACAGCUGGGACAGCAUAGAACCAAUCGUGCUGAUAAAUCUAUUGGCUUAUUGGCUCAUGCUGAAGCGGUCAAUGAGAAAUUGAGAUUUGAUUUGAAUUCAAGUACGAAUACUGCCGUCACUAUUUAUUUACGAAAAACAUCACUACAUGACGUUCCAUUCUUUAAAUAUGCGUAGUAUUUCUGAAUGCAUGCAGCUGGAAAUGUUAAAUAAAUUGUUAUGUCAGCUGUCUAAUCUGCUUUUGAUUUUAAAAUACUACGAUCUUCAUUCAUCUUCAGGAAGACCUGGUUAUUUCAAUUCGUCUACCAAGUUUCGUAAUUAUAUAAUAUGUGUGUACACAUUUUGAAUAACCCAUUAUGUUAAACACCGUUACAGUUUAAGUUAUACGUACUCCUUGAAUUCGUUUAUAGAAAUUAGUUUUACUUACGAAUUAAUUUUACUUAUAAAGAAAAUGAGAGACUGAGGGAUCUUUGUAUGUAUCAGCUUCUCGGUCGUUAAAAUUAAAAAUUGCAUAUUUCAGUUAUCAAAAUUCCCUGAAUACUUUUAGCUCACUUUACGUCAUUACGUAUGAAGUCAACCAAACGUAUAUGUAUAAUUCGGCUGAAAUUUCGAGAGUAGUCACUUGCGAGAGAGUAUACAAAUUUUAUUUUUGUUGUUAUUAAACCGACAUCAAUAGGUGAGGCUACAUACUUCUCUGACCGUCCUUAAGUGCUCUAACUGAGAAAAUGUUCACAGACGAUCACAUCUGCAGCAAUCUCCAGCUUAGAACAAUUUGAACAGUGUGCGGUUUUCCUUCUAAUACAUUUUUGUACAUAUCAAACUUCCAAAGCUAUAGCAACCCAAAUUGGUGGAAUCCUUUUUUCUUUGGCUCUUUAUCAUACAGUGUCAAAAUGGCUGAAAUCGGCUAAUAACUAUUAAGUGUAAGUGUAAGAAUUAACCACCUCUCAUACGACGCUAUGUUCGAAACUACUAGAAGUGCGAUAACUCGAGAGUCAUUACGGCAGGGUUCAUGUAAUUAGGUUUAAAAAUUGAUUAAUAAGCGAUGCACAGCAAACGCUAGACAAAUUUCACAUUUGGUUCAUUAUUAUCUAGAAACUUGAAGGUGUGGCUCAUGUAAAAUUUUAAUAUAACAUUUUUCCUCCAGGUACCGAAUAUGAGAAUAAGCACUGAAGUCGCUUGUGACUGACAUUUUACCAAAUAUAUCUCUUAAUCUGUUAGAUACUUAUCUUACCUUAGCCCCCUUAUACUGCAUACAAUGAUUAUCGUUGUUCUAGUGGUCGCUAGGCGAAUAUUGAGUAAUCUUAAUCAAAUAGUGUGGAAAUAUGUACAUAUGUUCCUUUCAGGUUAAUACCGAGAGUAAAUGCAGAAAGCUUCUUCUCGCCCCAUUUUGCAUUAUGAAUUAUUAGUUUUAUUCAUCUGUACUCUGUAUGGCAUGACCUUUUGCACCUAAUGUGUUGGAGCUAAUCUUUCUCUCAGUAAUCAGCAAUCUCUUGAUUAUAAAAUAUUUAUUUAUGUAUGUAUGUGCGUAUAUGCCGGGUCUAAGUGUGAGAUUGUAUAAUAUUUCAGUUGAAUUAUAAAGUGGAAGUGCACAGUAUCACUUGAGUUGUGAUUCGAGUACAAGUAAAUUAAUGCAAUAAAAUGCCACAAGCCAUAUCAUUGCAACGAGCAUUUAUAGCGAUGACAUAUCUACUUUCAUCAAAGGAAGUCAAUCAUAUUGAUAAUCAAAAGCAAAUUUGUCGAGAAUUUAAAGACGCUUCAAAUAACAUGCAAAGUGCAGAAGAACUAUUUAUGAAUACUACGGAUAAACUAGACACGGUUGGCGAGAAAAUAUUACAUUUACGAUACGGUCAACAGAAUAGGAAAAUCGAACCAGCAAAACCCUAUGAAUGCGAAGAUACAUCCUUUGGAAAACUGUUUUGUGAGGACAAAAGAUACGGAAAACAUUUAUUGUUAAUAGGGCGUGGCCACAUGGUUGUAACACAUGAUCUAUAUCAAAAGUUCUUAACCGGAAUUCCUUGCAAUAAAAAAUGCAUCGAUAGUGAUACUGACUUCUUUAUUGGUACAAAUAACUUUCUGCAGCUCGUUCGCGAAAAAUCAUUUGAUGUGCUGUUUGUUUACUUUGAUGCUGAUGACAUGGAACAUUUCCGUUAUAUUUCUAAAUUUCAAUUUGAUGGUAAAAUGUUAAACAUUACGCGCUCACGUAGUAGUAUGACAGAAGGUUCUCUGAAAGAAUUUGUAAAAAAACAUUACAGUUAAAAGUUGGAAAAUAUUUUUGCGAAAAAAGGUUAAAUGAUUUAUCCAAAUCUGUAAGAUUAUUAUACUUUAUAAACAAACAUAAAAUAUUAAAUGAUAAAAUAAUAACUAAGCAAAAAAUGAAGAAAUCUAUAUUUAACUAAAUACAUGUGUACUAUUUGUACGAUAACUAC